AUGUUUGCCGAAUGGGCCAGGACUGCACACACUGGAAUCUAUCCAGACAAUCCGACGGCGGUCGCACUACUGCCCUUCUUUGCAGCUGCUGCUAUCAGAUACCCACCAGCUCCAGCUCCUCCGAGAGCUCACAAUCCUCUAUGUGUAUUCACCCGUGGUGUUCCGAUGGGUUCAUCCGGAGCAUACUCGUUUCGACGUCUUACUCUUGCGCAUCUUCAUGAUAAUCCCCCAUUAUUUGCUGGCGGGAGGCGGAAAAGCUCUGCAACUGCUCAACCACGACCGUCGAUUACUUCGGCUACUGUUGGAGUUGGUGACCCAUUUAUACCGUACUACCACUAUCGGAAACCUCCUAGUAGGCCGCCGAGUAGACCACCAAGUAAACCACCAAGCAAUCGGAAUUCAGCUGCACUGAGCCGCCAUAAUACAGUAAGAUCUCACCAAUUUGCCUUCGCAUAUGAUGAGAACAUUGGUCGUGUGAAAUGGGAAGAAUAUAACAGGAGAGAAGGUAUCGAGGAUGUUCCUGAACAACCAAUUGUGGUGCGGGUUCCUAUCUGGAGGAGGAUUCUGAAACUAUUGAAAAUCCUACUUCCUCAUGUUGGUCUCAAUGUUUUGUUGUUAUCGUAUAUUGCCAUGGGAGCGACCGUAUUUAUUUGGCUUGAAGCUGAUCAUGAAUUAGAGGGCAGAAAGGCCAAAGUGAAACAUGUCUUCGAUAUCUAUUCCCAAAUCAUUAAUGAAACUAUUGCAUUAUCAUCAAACCGUAGUGACGCCACAACGGUGGAGAGUCGAAUGAGACCACUACUGGAAUCGCUAUCAAAAGCUCACGAGUAUGACGACCGCUUCACUGAUACCAAUCAAUUGUGGACUGGAGAACAAGAAGGAAUGACUACUAGAUGGACAUUUGCUGCUGCUACACUUUAUGCGCUUACUGUGAUAACUUCUACAGGUUACGACCAUGUUACGCCUGCCACUGAUCCCGGAAGAAUAUUCACCGUAUUUUUUGGUCUCAUAGGUAUCCCGUUAAUGUUCAUAACUGCUGCUGAUAUCGGAAAGUUCUUAUCUGAAAUUGUUAUUCGAACGUAUGCAAAACUUCUGGCAAUGUGGAAAAUGAUAGCCAACUUGGUGGAAAUGGUUCGGACUCACUUGUUUGACACUGAUGUGGAUUCUAUAGACUCAAUGGAGUUGAAGAAAAGUAAAAAACGGAACGCCAGUAGUUUAGACGACGAAGAGUGUGAAGACGAAGAGGAUCGUUUGCAACUGCCAAUUGCCAGUUAUUUCACGCUUAUUAUUGGUUAUUGUUGUGUUGGAAGUUUGUUGUUCAAUACUUUUGAGAAGGGACCAGUAUGGUCGUUCAUACAUGGAGUAUUUUUCUCAUUCAACACUAUCACUACAAUUGGUUUAGGAAACAUUCGAGUUCAACAGCACUACUAUUUGGCUCUCGCCGUAUCUUAUGUGAUUAUUGGAUUAGCUGUCAUCACUGCCUCUCUGGAUCUCUGCUCCUCUACUCUCAAACGGACAUUCACCAAACUUCACUACUUUGGAAGAAAGAUUCGUGGUGCUCGACGUGGUUUUGCAAAUAUGAGCGAUGACAUUCGAGAAGCGAUGCGUAUAAUUGCCGCAUUGAAAAAGACUAGGCAAGUUUUUGUGCCAUCAAAAGAUCGAAUAACUCUGGAAGAUUUGAAACGUUUCCUGGAAGUUCAAGAACACUUACUACGGCAACCAUAUGUACCAUACAAUGUUCAUUUGCUCCGAUGGAUUGAAGACAAUGUUGGUCCACAGAUGUACGCUCAGUAUAUGGAUGAUGUCUCCGGAGGGAAAACUCCAAUGUCACCAUCACGCCUCUCUCACAAAAUGUCGUCCAGUGACCCGAUGCUCUUUUUCUAA